GAGCACUCGGAGCACUUUCCUUCCUUGAAGAGAUGAGUUUCUGAGACUGAGAAACGUUCAAUGAAAGAAAGCUCGUUGUCUCGUCUCCCAUGGGGUUAUUUGUGGAGGGAAGAAAUGCAUUACAUCCCUACAUCCAGGAUUGGCCUUGACAAAGCAAUCGACGUUAUUUUUAUGCUUUCAACAGAUGUGAUAUCAACCACAACAAUCUUAUUGAACGAUCUCGACAUGAGUUUUAGUUGUAAAAUAUGUGGUUUAUUCAUUUUGUCAUCGUUGAUUACCACGGUUUGGACGGGCGGUAUUGGAUAUUUCUGGCACGUUUCUGACCUCCAUUUGGACGUAAAUUUCACAAUUCAGGACCCCAACGUGUUACUGAAUGUACCUCAUUCGGAAAAUAACCGCGAUUAUUAUCUGGGCGAAUACGACUAUGAGACUUGUUGGGAAAAGGGAGGGAGCGGUAAAUAUGGGGAUUACAAUUGUGAUUCUUCCUUGGAAUUGGUCAAAUCUGCCAUGAACUUCAUCAAAGCCCACUCUGAUACCCUCGGCAAUGAUGUAAAAUUCAUUCUUUGGACUGGGGAUGACACGUCUCAUGCAGAAAAUGAGCAUUUCGAUGAGGAUCUUGUGGUUCAUGUGAUGGGCAUUCUCACUGAACAACUGAAGGGAACGGGCAUUCAGGUGUAUCCUGUUUUGGGCAAUCAUGAUUUCCAUCCAAAGAAUCAAGCACCUAACAAUCCAGCAGGACUAAUUUACCAGGAAUCCGCAGACUUGUGGAAGCAAUGGUUAGUGGGGGAGCCCAUUGCUGAGUACAAGGCUAAUGGUGGAUUUUAUCAAGUGGGUCCGGAUGCUCAACAGCAUUUGCCAUUUAAGUUAAUUGCCCUGAACACAAAUAUUUAUAAGCUGAAAAACCAUUUCACCGAGGGCAUCCAAGAUCCUCUUGGACAAUUCGAAUGGCUCGAAUCUCUCUUGAAGAAAGCGGAAUCAGAUCAAACCAAAGUCAUCCUUUUUGCGCACAUUCCUCCGGGCAAAUUUGAGCGGUUCUAUCAAUACAUGGAGGAAGAAGACCAAUACGGAUUUCAUUGGUUUACUCCGACUUUCAACCAGAAGUACUUAGAGCUCUUGGAUAAAUACUCACACGUGAUAUCUGCUCAGUUCUAUGGUCAUCACCACACCGAUGCCUUGAAAAUGAUUAGUGCCAAUAACGGAACACCAACCUCAUUCGGACUUCUGGCCCCGGCGGUCACCCCAUGGAUUUCGACUUUGGCCCCGGAAACUGGUGGGAAUAACCCCGGCUUGAGACUCUUCAAAUAUGACAUGGAUACUGGAGAGAUCCUUGAUUAUGAUCAAUUCUGGCUAAACUUGGCCAAAGCCAAUGCCGAUAAUGUCCCGGAAUGGAAGAUGGAAUACUCGUUUCUGGAAUAUUAUGGAUUACAAGGAACGAUUGACCUGAACCUAAUGUUGGAGCUUACCAAGAAGAUUAGAGAUGAUGUCCAGACAUUUGAACGUUAUUACUCUGCCAAUUCGGUCCAAUUUGACACAGACUGUGACCAAACCUGCCGUCGAUAUCACUUGUGUGCGAUCUUUGAGCAGGAUUAUUCACAAUUUGAAGACUGCGUGUCGAACUCCAGCCGAAAUCUAUCUUCGAACACAUCUACUUAUAUCUUUUUGUUUUUCCUAUACACCCUGCCAAACUGCAGACAAUGGACAUGAGGCAAGUUCAUGGGUUGAAUAUCAAUGUUGGCAAAAGAAUAAAUCUUUACCCGUA